AUACGUGUGCUGCAAGUCUGAGGUUCUCAUUUUGUUGUUUUUAUUUCACCCGUGGUUAAAUAUACUCCAUGGAAGACACACAGGUGGACAGGACCAUAGAGCUGAAUGACAGGACACGAAUGCCAGUUUUGGGUCUGGGCACAUGGAAGUCCUCCCAUCUGGUCCACACCUCAGUCCAGGGUGCGGUAGAAACCGCCAUUGCUGCUGGCUACCGACACAUUGACACAGCCUACAGCUACAACAAUGAGGUGGAUAUAGGCAAAGCUCUGCGCUCCAAGAUGCAGCAGGGCAUCAUCAGGCGCCAGGACAUGUUCAUUGUCAGUAAGCUGUGGUGUACCCAUCAUGCUUCAGAGGACAUCCCUGUGUGCCUCAACAAGUCUCUGAGCGAUCUCCAGCUGGACUACCUGGAUCUUUACCUUGUGCAUUUCCCUGUUGGCCUACAGAAAAUGGGCAAUGAGCUUUUCCCGAAGAAAGAUGGAAAGAUACUGACCUCUGACAUUGACUAUGUAGAUGUAUGGAGGGGAAUGGAAACACUGCAAGCUUCAGGGAAAGUGAAGUGCAUUGGUGUGUCCAACUUUAACAUCCUGCAGCUAGAGAGACUUCUUGCUCUAUGCAGGGUGCCCCCUGCUGUCAACCAGGUGGAGCUACAUCCCUACCUGGUGCAGACAGAGUUGACAGAGUUCUGUAAAUCCAAAAACAUCGCCCUGACUGCUUAUAGCCCUUUUGGCUCACCGGCAAGACCCCCAGAGCUGUUUAGAGGAGACACAGAUCCACAUAAGCUCCUGGAGGACCAAGUUGUUGCAGAUCUAGCCAAGAAGCACAAACGCAGCCCUGCACAGGUAUUGCUGAGGUACCAUGUGCAGCAGGGUAUUGCAGUCAUCCCUAAGAGUGACAAGCCUCAUCACAUUCUUGAAAACACAAAGAUAUUUGACUUCAGUCUGCCUGAAGAAGACAUGAGCGCACUGAGAGGACUGGACCGAGGGUGGAGGGCCUGUGUGCUCGACGAACUCAAGUCUCAUCCAUACUACCCCUUUGAAUGAGGCUGCCAGGAAAGUGGAAAGAAAAGACAACAAACUGCACCUAAAAUUGCCAUAAACAUCAACAAGACUCAGACCAGCUACAUGCAGUCUGUCAACAGUAUCACACACUAUAACGCAUCAGUGACGUGUUCACCUCAGAAUGAUGAAAUGCUGUGAAGGUGAAUCUGAAGACAGUUUUUACAUGUCAGUGUAAUGAAUAUAUCAGGGUGUUGAUAAGAUGAGAUACUAAUGAUUUCUGUUUUUCAGUUAUGAAUGAAAUAUGGUAUGUUUACAUUUACAUAAUCAAUAGAUGAUAUUGUACUUAAAGGAUGUUUAAUUUUAUAGAAAUGUGUAUGUGUGUGUUCAGGAAGGCAUUGCUGGAUCGACCAUGAAAAAGCAUGAAAGAAUUUCUUUGUGAGAUCUUUUGCUUGGGUGUAACUUUGAGUAUAUGGAGGUUGUAUUUUUAUGAUACUCUGCAGUCAAAGAAAACUUAUUUGAGCAAAACAUUGGUACUACAAUCGAAAUAAAAUG